AUGACGAUCCAUAACUACAUUAGAAAAGUUGGUAGGUUUGAUGAAACGUUUAAUAGGGCACAACAAGAAUCAUACAAUCCCGUACGAGGUGGUACUAAUAGUGAAGUCUACGAAGAAGGUCCAAUAACAAGUUUAUUUUUUGGAUGCAAUAUAAGAAGUAGCAAGCACAGCACACCUACGAAAACGAAACACACACAAACCCAAAUAAGAUUUUUGGGGUCGCAGACCUUUCUCCUAAAUUUCCCCCAAACCAAACGUGUUUCUCCACAGCGCCAUAUCGAUUCUCCCCUUUCUCUCUCUAAACUGUUCCUCUUGCGUGUUGAUAUAAUCACCAAAUUCUUGCUCUCUCGCGACGCCUCCCGUUUUUUUAUUUUGCUCACUGAAUCGUUCUUCUUCAGGUGCGUUUCAAUUGAAUCAGUUGGUAUGCAGCGCCUACUUAAUCGUUGA